AUGUACGGAUUCCGUCAUGAUUCCAACAACUCAAACAUUUUGUCUAAAACAGAAACAAUCUUAGGUAUUAGUGAAACCCUACAUUUAAAUCAAUUUUCAAAUGGUAGUGUGUCAUUGGAAGGUGAAACAGAUUGCAAUUUAGAUAAAAAAAUAAAUUGUUAUAAAGUAAAUAAAAGUUUAGUUGUAACAUUCUGGCGAGAAAGUUCGCGUGAUAAAUGGUUAGCAAAAAAUAUUUUAAAAGUAUUUGAUGAAAAACAUUUCGUUCGUAUUAUUAUGGUACAUGACGAUUCUAAUUGGUCAUCCUAUCCUAAUAAAGAUCUAUUCAUAUGGAUAUAUGUUAAUGCUCAGAAAAGGUUUUGGUACAUCAAACGUUUUCUGACACCUACCAUACUGAGAGCAUACAAGUAUGUAUGGAUUAUUGAUGAUGAUGUAGAAGUAUUAUUUCAACCAUUACAAUAUGAAUGUGUUGCUACAAAAUUAAAUAUCCAUUUAUCAGCUCCCGGACGAUUAAAUGGUGUUGUUUCUCAUGAAAUUACUCGUACGGACAAAAAUUUCGCUGGGAAAAUCGGUCGAUGGACGGAUUUUGUCGAGAUUGGUCCCAUUGUAAUUGGUAACUCGUUAACAUGGGAAUGCAUAUGGAAGUUUUUGAGUCCUUUUGUUGGAUUAGGUUACGGACUCGAUCUUGUUUGGUGCAGACUAAUAGCUCAUAAUUGUAAAAUAUCGAAUGUAACUAUGCAAACAACAUGCGCAAUUUUUGAUGUUUUUCAACACAAUCACUUAUCGAAUUACAUUGCAUCUACAACAGCAGGAAAAAAGGAAGGGCCAGCAUAUAAUGAAUAUUAUAAUGAUAUUCGCACUAAGAAAGUUAUUUUUGGUCCAUUGGCAAACAACCUCACAGUCUAUUUAUCUUGUACGAAGAAUUAA